CUGAAGAGAGAAACAAUUUAUUAAGAAAUUGGAUACAGAAGAGACCGAUUCAAGAAUGGAAACACAUGAGCAAAUGCAGGGAGAUUCUGCAGAUGCCGACAAAACAGGCUUUUUAGAAGACUCGGAUAACAAUGAUUCCGUAGACUGGGAUAAAACAGACAGUCAAGAAACUAUCAAUAUCAGUACAAAUGAGAGUCUCCCAAGUAGUGAAACACAAGAAACAGAGCAGCGUGGAAAUGCAGAGUUUGACGAAACAGGCUUUUUAGAAGACUCGGAUAACAAUUAUUCUAUAGACGAGAAUACAACAGGCAGUCAAGACGCUCAGCAGAUGAAAGAGGAAUUACUGAAGUAUCAAAGUACAGAAGAAGAACUUCUUGCAAAACUUGUGGAAGCAAAUGAAGAGAUAGAAAAUUUGAGAAGACAGGUUGAAGAACAACGUGAACCAUUGGUACAGUAAAGAUAAAACUCAUUGUACACAGUGUGCGAGUACAAUCCAGUCCUUACAACAGUCAAUCUGUGAUUUAGCUAAAAAACUACAUGAAUUGAAAGAAAAACUAAAAUGUAAAAAGAGACGAUCAAAGCAAACCAAUACUGAUUGACGAAAACACUCAGACAUCAGUCAAGGUUAUGAAGAACAAGGAAACAGACGUACAUGGGUUGAAUUCUGUACCAACAAAUUCCGUAUCCAGACACACCCAGUGUGAACAUCCUUUAUCGGAAAAGAAAACAAAAUGCACAGCUGAUUCUUGUACAAACACCGCAUCGCAGGACCAUCCUCUACAUACACCUCCAAAAAUCCACAAAUGAAAAAAGGAAAAAUACGGAAGUAAAAAACUUCUUAUUGGCAGUUCAAUCCUACAGCGGGUAAGAACCGGAGGACUUCAAAAAGAUGUUUAUGCAAGAACUAAUAGAGAGGCUAAACUUUCCCACAUCCAAGCUAAACUUCUCAAGAUAGAUGUAGCAGAAUACUCCCACAUCAUCAUCCAAGCCGGGGGGGAAAUGAUGCCUCAUCUCAUCGAGACAUGGACGCCAUUGAAUAUGAUGCUGCGGAAAUAAUUUCCAACGUCAAACAUAGUUUUCCGGGAACCAAAGUUUAUUUUCCCGACGUAUUACCAAGACGGGAUGUGGAUGUGUCUCAUGUGAAUACCACACUUAAAUAUGUAUGUGAUGAAUAUGGAGGUUCAUUUAUUUCCAACAAAAGUGAAUUCAAGGAGGUUAACCGUAUGUAUUAUUGGAAAGACGGAAUUCAACUUUCAGACAAGGGGACGUCAGUGCUUCUCAAACGAAUGAACAGCGAAGUUUCAAUUCCGCGUGUAAAUUCCGGUCGAACCAAUAGGGAUUCCAAUGCAAGUUUUUACAAGUCUGUGACUUGCUACUUCUGAAGUGAACACGGACACACAUCGCGCCACUGUAGACACGGUCGAAAGCUUGAUUGUUGGAACUGCGGUGAAUUAGGACACAAGACGAAGUCCUGUCCAUACAUGUACUAGGUUUCAGGCAAUGAAAGUGUAGCCUUCAACAACCAUACUAAAUCUUUAUCAAACUCUAGUACAUUUUCUAUCCUUAGCAUUAUUUGUAAUGGAUGUAACAACUUUCCAUGUUUAUGUGACGAUACUGAUAACUGUUAUAACUGUACAAAUUUUAAAUUGACAAGAAAACCACAUGUUAAAAGUACCACUCAAUCGAACACAGAUUCUAAAAGUAGCCCCCGUUCAGCUAAACAAACUAUGGUCAUUUCUCCUAUGGCAAGCUCAUUCAAAUCUGUUUCACGAGUAAAGAAAACAGUUCCUUUGAUCCAUAAAAAUGAUAUUCAAACAACACAAAAUAACCAAGGAUUUGGAUUGGUAAAAAAAAAAGGUUUACGAUUCGGAAAUUUAAAUAUAUGUCAUAUUAUUCCA